AUUCGAGAGAGAGAGAGAGAGAGUGAACAAAAAUAAUGAAGAGAAAGGAGUGCAUGGUGGAUUCGAAGCAAAAUGGCAACAGGGUUUAGUAAAACCAAUACACAUUUGCCCUAAUGCUUGUACAGAUUUGGAAUGAAGUAAAUUUGGAUGAUGCUUUUGUGCUAACAAGGUACCGUUCUUGAAGAAUUGGUUGAGCUUUGGUGGUUGGUUAUGGAGCAUCUCAAAACCCCCCUUCAUCUGCAUCUAUUAUCGCUAAACUCCAUACCCAUUUGCUCUUUAAUCUGUUAGAAAUGCAAGUUCUGGCAUACAAUGCUCCCCAACUGCGAAUGAUGGUAGAAUCUCGUGUUUGGACUUCGACCCAUUUCUUGGGAAGACGAGAACUGUGCUUUGAUGGUGUGUCGUCUGUGUGCUCUCCUUCAAAUCCCAGCAAUUCCCAAUCCAUUCCCAUCCUAAGGAAUGCUGGUGAUGACUAUGGAGAUCUUUGUUCUAUAAUGACCAGCAAAUUUCUUUUCACAACUCGGCGGAGGUUAUUUGCUAGUUUGUUUCUGAGUUUGUGGCCUUAUCCUUCUAGUGUAUUUACAGCUCAAGCUUUGGGCGAUCCUUCUAUAACCAUAGAUGAAGUAACCCCCACUUUUUCACCUUCUGGAGCCUUUUUCCCUACAGAGGAUAGAGUUGUCGAAUCGUUUGAGAAAAAUACAUACUCUGUUGUCAACAUUUUCGAUGCGACUUUGCGUCCUCAACUCAAUGUAACUGGAAUGGUCGAGAUUCCUGAAGGAAAUGGGUCUGGAAUAGUCUGGGAUGAUCAGGGACAUAUAGUAACGAAUUAUCACGUAAUUGCUAGUGCCCUUGCAAGAAAUCCGAGCGCUGGGCAGGUUGUUGCACAAGUUAAUAUCCUAGCAUCCGAUGGGAUACAGAAGAAUUUUGGAGGCAAGCUCGUUGGUGCAGAUCGCACGAAGGAUCUUGCCGUUUUAAAGGUGGAUGCCUCGAACGAUUUCUUGAGGCCAAUCAAGGUGGAGCAGUCAUCUUCUCUUAAAGUGGGGCAACACUGCUUGGCAAUUGGAAAUCCUUUUGGUUUUGAUCAUACUCUCGCAGUUGGAGUCAUUAGUGGAUUAAAUCGCGACGUUUUUAGUCAGAUUGGUGUCACCAUCGGAGGUGGAAUCCAAACGGAUGCAGCUAUCAAUCCCGGGAAUAGUGGAGGUCCUCUACUUGAUUCGAAAGGCAAUUUGAUCGGUAUCAAUACCGCUAUUUUCAGUCAAACAGGAACAUCAGCUGGUGUUGGUUUUGCAAUCCCAUCUUCAACCGUAGUCAAGAUUGUACCUCAGUUGAUCCAAUUGGGUAGAGUGAGUAAAGGUAAAGAGAGGAGGGCAAAGUUUGGAGCUGGCUUUGAUAUUAGAAGAAAGUCGUAGCAGAACGUCGCGGCGAAGAACACGAGCUAAGCAUUUCGACAUUCUACUUGGAAUCAAAUGGAGAAGAAGAAGAUUAAGGUGAAAUUAGUGAUCUUUUGUGUUGAAAUCAAAGGUUUUGGUGAAAAUUGUCGAGUUUCUGGGAGAUAAUGGAACUGUUUCAGCUGAGUUGCAUAUGAAACUUGUGAGUUCUGAUGGGGGUGGCCUCAAGUUUUGAACUUGAUGCCUUAAUGGUAAGGAAGAGAUGUUAGCUUUUGUUGAGCCCAUAAUGGAUCCAAGUCGAGAAGAGUCAGUAUGUGCUUCUGUGAGCUUGCUUAACCACUACAUCCUCCCUGCUUUUGAAGGGUAUUAGUAAUUGGGCUUUUCGCCGACCA